AUGCACAGAAGCAACCGAGACGACGAGCCGACCCGCGCCGGGCAUGGUGGUAGUACUAGUGCUCCUCCGCGACGCUGCUCCACCCGAAACGCCCAAUCGAACCGAAGCGCUGCGAGCACGCCAUCGAUUCCCGGUCGUCCCAUCAACGAUCCACCACCACAAGCCCGCCAUCGUCGUCACCGACUCCGUCGCGUGUCGUCGGAAGCAGAGUCGGAAACGGGACCGAGAACAGCAGCAGCGGCGAACGACACGGCCCUCGCCACGCCCAACGACCGCGAAGCCACGGAGCUGGCGCCCCUGCCAUCAUCGUCAUCGUCAUCAUCAUCAUCACCGUCAUCGCGGUCGUGGGACUCGGCGUCGCAGCGGCGGGUCGUCGGUGGCGUGGGGGAAGAGGAGGUGGACGAGGACCACCAGGACGUGCCGGAUGAUGAGCCUGCAGGUCGUCCGAGGCCGCUGCCGCCGCCGUCGGAGGCGCCGACGUGUACGGAUGAGUGCAGCGUGCGCGAGCGGCGGAAGCUGAGGCUGACGAGACAGGAGGUCGGGUGGUGGGAUGUGGCGACGAGGUGGUGGCGGAGGCAGGUCAGCGUGACGGUGCCGGCGGGCGGGAUGAGGGAUCAUCUGGCCCUCGAGCGCACCUUCCUCGGCUACCUGCGCACCUCCAUCGCCCUCUCCAUGACGGGCGUCAUGAUCGCCCAGCUCAUGCGCCUGCAGCACGCCCCCAACCCGGACCCGCGCUACGGCUACCACGCCCUCGGCAAGCCGCUCGCCGCCGUCUUCAUCACCGCCGCCAUCGCCGUGCUCAUCCUCGGCGCCUUCCGCUUCUGGCGCCAGCAGAACGCCAUUGUGCGCGGCAAGGUGUUUGCGGGCGGGUGGGAGAUUCUUGCCAUCAUGAUAGGGAGUACCAUUCUGACGACCACCGUGUUUGGACUGCUUCUGGCGGUUGAUAUCAAGAAGGCAUUAGAGGGCAGUGGGUGA